CUAAAUCUUGGUUUCCGGUCCUCCCACAUUGUUAUGGCUGCCAAGAGUUGGAGAUGAGUGUAUGAUUUUAAGAUAGAUGGCUAUUUCUUGCUAAUAUGGCUAAAGAUUGUGCCAAAAUGGGGGAGCUACCCAUAUUUACUACAAAAGCCCAUGUCUUCCACAUUGAUCCAAAGACUAAAAGGUCGUGGGUUCCAGCCAGUUCGCAAGCAGUCAACGUUGGAUUUUUCUUCGAUUCUACACGAAAUUUUUACAGAAUAAUCAGCGUUGAAGGAUCAAAGGCUGUCAUUAAUAGUACUAUUACCCCAAAUAUGACUUUCACAAAAACCUCACAGAAAUUUGGUCAGUGGUCAGAUAUUAGAGCUAAUACUGUUUAUGGUUUGGGGUUUGCAUCUGAACCGGAGCUUAACAAAUUUAUUGAGAAGUUCCAGGAGGUGAAGGAAGCCACACGGCAAGCAGCCCAGCAGAAAGCCCAGCAGCAGACGAACGGUAGUGCUUCCACACCUGUUACGUCUGCUAGCGCGUCCCCCUGCAGCAGCCGCAGCGUCCCAACUCCUCCUGUCCCGUCCCAGACGCCAACAUCAGAAAGUGGAGGGACAGGUGAUGAUUCUAUCACCGCUAAUCAGAUAGAUCAUGUUGGGAGCAGUUUACCUUCCAAUGUCAAUGACAUUGCCAAUACACUUAAGUCAUCACUUGUUGCACAUCAAAGAAGCCAAAGCUUGUCAGGCCUUCAAGCCAGCAAGGCAACUGACAGCCCUAAGCAUCAAACAAAGGACAAAACAUCAGUUGCUAGUUUACCACAGUCAACAGUUGAAGCUCAACUUAGAUAUGAAAAUGAUCGCCUCAAAUUAGCCCUUGCUCAAAGUUCUGCCAAUGCUAAGAAGUGGGAAGUGGAGCUACAAACAUUAAAAAGUAAUAAUGCUCGCUUAACAGGAGCACUUCAAGAAAGCACUGCUAAUGUAGAAGAGUGGAAAAGGCAACUACAAGCAUUAAAAGAAGAAAACAGCAAAAUGAAAUCCCGAGUGUUAGAAUUAGAAGCAAGUCAUGGAAAUCCUGAAGCAAUAGCCGAAUUACGAAAGGAGAUUGGUACUUUACGGAACAAAAAAGAAACAUUAGAAGAACAAGUGAACAAUAAGGAUAAUGAGCUUGAACAGAUGCGUAAAAGAAUUGAAGAUAACCAUCAAGGUCAAUCUGCUAGCCAAAAAGUAGAAGAUAAACUUAAAGUUUUGUUAGCAGACAAUGAAGGCUUAAGAAGCAGUGUUAGUCGGCUGCAGGAACAGCUAGACACAACUAAGUCAAGCAACAAGGCCAAAAAAGGUGCAUUAGAACAACUAAAUCAACGACUGGCUCAAAAGAUCCAAGAACUUAAAGACAUUCAACAUGAGAUAUCUUCAUUACUAAAUUCCUGAUACUUAAACAUAUUGUAUUGCAUUAAUCUUCAAUGUCCCUGGUCCCAAACCAUAGCUCCCUACCAAAUAAAAGUACCUGUUUGGGUCCUUACUACAGAAGCUUAUCAAAUAGCUAAUUUCUUUGUGUAUGAUGACUCCUCUACUUCAGAAUAUUUUGGUUCAGUUAAUUUUUGGGGGCAGAUUCUUCUAUCAAACGACAGAAACCAGAGAUGUGCAUUUGGUCAUCCUUUUGGUAUUUGAGCGAAUCAGGCAUCACAGUGAUAGCUGGGCUGAGCAAGUUCCUAAAAAAGAAUUACUUAUCAGCUGCAUUCAUUAACUUGAUCAACUGUGUAAAUUAUGUAUUUAAAAAUGUGUUCAGAGCCAUGUUUAAGCUUAAUGAGGUUCUAAGUUAAUAAAGGUAAUGGGACCUAUGUCCAAUGUUUCUAAAAAAAAUAACAACUGGUGAUUUUUGAAACCCACUGACCUCAGGAUCCUAGGCUUCUACCCGUUUAGCCUAAUAUAAUAUCCUGCACUGAAUAUAUAUUACUUACUUUUUUCAGCCAUAACUAUUAGCAGCUGUUUAUUUUAUUUAACUUUUUUUAUUUUUAUAUCUAUAAAAUUUAUUAUGUUAUGAAAUUGUGUUUUAAGAACAUUUUAUAGUUUUAAUUCAACUUAUUAUUUUAAAAGUUUUGUAAAUUACAUUUCUUUUUCAUAAGGGAAAAGUAAAUGUAGUUUCAAAAGAUGCUAUUUAACUUGUGAGAAAAUAUUAAUCUAAGAAAAUGUUCAUAAUGGGAUUUGAAAUUUUAACAUUUAUAACUUAACUUAGGAUUUUAAAUUAUACUUAUUUUAUUGCUUGUAGUAUUUCUUUUUUUUUAAUUUUCUUAAUAAUUCCUGUUAUUUUAUUUAUUUAUUUAUAUUUAGAGUAACAUAUUUUAAAAAAACUGCAUACAUCCACUUUUUCAAACUCUCUUUAUAAACAGCUCAAAGCUUGCUGAAAAGUAAAAACUAGUAGGUGAUUAAAUUUUGGUAGUUCAUGCACAAAUUGGGGAACAAAAUUUUUAAUAAAUUUUUAUCUGUUUGUUUAGGUACUCUCUUGAUUGAGAGGAAGAAAAAUUUGUGGCAGCUAUUCCAUUCUAGGAAUAAAUUGAUAUUGUACAUUUAAAAUACAGAGUAGAUAAAAACAAAUUAAUAUUAUGUAAUUAAUUGUCAGAAUGCUGUGAAAUACAUAUUUUCGAAGCAUGUUGGAAAUAAUAUAUAUAAUUAUAAUAAAUACUGUAGCUCACCACUAUGUCCUUAGAUUUAUAACUUAUGAGAAAAUAUUAACACUUUCCUUAUAAUUUUAACUGGCUAUAGGUCUGGCUUUACAGGUAAAUGUGGAACUCCAUUGUCUUUUAAUGACUCAGUCACUUUGCAUCAAACUUAUUUUUGAAUGAGUUUUGUUUUAAAUUUAAAUUGUGGUUUAUUUAAAGUUGUAAAGUACAAAGUGCUUAACUUAGGGCAAAAAUGUUUGUCCCUUUGUAUCUUUAGCACAAUUGUUCAUUUUCAGAUUUAUUAUGUUACCAUUAAGCCAUAGCCAAUAAAAAGCUAACCUCAUUCUCUGAGGUUGUUAAAUUUUAUAGCAACUUUUACCACUUCUCAUAAUUUAAAUUGACUUAAACAAAAGAUUUUCAGGAAAUAUAUAUCUAUCACUUCAAGCAUUUUUGUCAUUAAUGCAUAUGACCGAUUAUUAAAACCAUUAUUCCAUUUGAUUUACUAAUGAAAUUACCAAGUGGGAUUGUUCACUCUAUUUUAGAAUAGCGAUGUCAUCAGUGCCAUUAGUAAUAAAACAAAUCUGGGAAUGUGUUUUGUAUUGAAUUUUUUACUGUCCUUUAGUUUCUUCAUCAAUUUCGAAGAAGGUGCUCUCUUAUUCGCUGUGUAUUUAAGUCCUGCUGCAGAACUAUUGCACUGCCAUUAUGAAUGACAUUAUUCUCAUGUUCGCCAUAUUUAAUGCUAAUAGAUAGGUUACUCUUAAAAACCAAGUUCAAUGUAUGUUUGUGAUGAUUAAAUACUUUGAUCUGAAACUAGGUUUAUCAGUUUUGAAAGUGUUACCUAGAUUAAAAAGAAACAAUUGUAAACUCUAGUUAAAUGCUAUUGUAAGCGACAGUGAAUCUCCUUUUUCAUCUAUUGUAAUUCAUAUGUUAUAUUUUCUGUUAUAUUUGAAGAACAAAUUUUCAGUAUCAUUUUUUGAGUAGUAUCUGAGAUUGUAAAUAUAAAUAUUUGACAGAGUUGACAGUAUUACAAAAAUGAUCUGAGCCCUUUUGGCAAAAACGAAAGAAGGUAAUGCAUCUAAUAAAAAGUUGCACUAUCUGGAAUGUGUGAAUUCAUUAUGCAAUAUGAAAUGAUCUGAAAUACAGAUGCUACUUGGGCAUCUUGUAAAUUUAUAUCAGAUAUAUAGGCCCUUUGGGCAUGCAAUAUGUGUAAUGACAGUGUGUUUCAGAGAUAAUUUUCCCUGUACAUUGAUGAUAGGACAAAAUAAUAUAAUAAUUUACUCUUCAA